AUGCAAAAGGAAAUUAAGGAAGAAGAGUGUGACUAUUCCUUCAAAAGUACAAUUAACAUUUAAUACGAAGUUGCUUUGGUUGGAGAGUGUGAUGUUGGGAAGACGUGUAUUUGGCAAAAUUAUUUGAAGGGAAUGAUUCCAAAGAAAACUGUACCAACUAUAGGCGUAGAAUUUGAAACCAAAUUCGUCACCUUAUCUGAUGGAUCAAGAAUCAAAGCCCAGAUUUGGGACACAGCUGGUUAAGAGAGAUAUCGUUCACUUACUAAUAGUCAUUUUAGAAAGGUAGUUGGAGCAUUAGCAAUUUUUGAUUUAACCAAUAAAACGAGUCUUGAAAAACUGCAACUUUGGAUUUAAGAAUUAAAACAUCACGGAGAUGGUGAUAUUCAAAUAAUAAUUGUGGGAAACAAGUUAGAUUUGGUCUAAAAAAAUCCAAGUUGUAGAUAAGUAUCAGAGGAUGAUAUUAAAUAAUUUGUAAAGUAAAAUAAAUGGAAAGUAUUUGAAAUAUCUGCACAAGUGCCAGAAAAUGUGAAUCAAUGUUUUGAAUGCUUAUUUAUAGAUCUUUGUAAAUAGAAAACUGGAUUUCGAGGAGGAGAGCAAUCACAACUAAAACUAAUGAAAUAAUCUGCAAAUUUAAAUGAAGGAAAAUGUAAAUGCUGA